UCUCCACAAAAAUUUCAAUUAAAAUCCAAUAAAAAUGGAUCCAGUUGACGACGAAGCCGAUAAAAUCCACUUACAAUUCAACAAAAUCUUCCAUUUCGAAGCCUCAAGCGAAGAAAAACACCUUCCCGAACUAAAAUCAGUCAAAACUUCUUAUGAAAUGCCGGAAUUCAAAUCGAUGAAAGACGAAUUGAACAAAGUCAAGAGCAAAUUAAACGAAUUAUCAAUCGAAAUUUGGUCCGAACACACAAGAAACAUGAAUCCCGCGGGAGAAAUCGUAUGGCGAGUGAAAAAUGACACUAAAGGAGAAUUCGUGACACAGGCUUGGUGCAAGAUGUACGAGUGUCUCUGUACCUUUGAAUUAGUCCCGAAAAACGUGAAAAACUUCAAUUCUUUGCAUCUUUGUGAAGCGCCGGGAGCGUUUGUGACGUCGUUGAAUCAUUAUUUGCAAUUAAAUCGUCCCGAAGUGGCUUGGAAAUGGAUAGCGACGACUUUGAAUCCGUAUUACGAGGGAAAUUGCUUGGAAAAUAUGAUAAUUGAUGAUAGAUUUAUCGUUCAAACACUUGCAAAUUGGGAUUUUGGAGUUGAUUACACGGGAAAUAUCAUGAAUUUGGAGAAUAUUGAGCAUUUAAAGGAAAAGUGUCGACGAAUGAAUGGAGUAAAUUUCGUCACCGCUGAUGGCUCCAUCGACUGCAUGCUAACUCCCGAGGACCAAGAACGUCACGUCGCCUCAUUACAUCACGCGGAAACAGCGAUUGCCUUACAAGUAUUAUCCCCCGGCGGCAGUUUUCUCCUCAAAAUGUUCACUUUUUACGAAGAUUCAAGCAUCAGCCUACUCUAUUUACUCACUUUGGUCUUCCAAUCUGUGGAUAUUUUCAAACCUGCAACUUCCAAAGAGGGAAAUUCCGAAGUUUAUGUCAUUUGUCGCGGCUUCAAGGGAGAUCCGUUACUUCAAACGUACUGUGAUAGCAUCAUCGAGUCCAAUUUCAACACGAAUUUUGGACUUUUUGAUCAAAAUUCGAUCGAAAAAGAUUUUUUAAAGCAACUUAUCGAGUGUUGUAGAUUUUUUAUGGAAACUCAAGCGGCGGUAAUUGAGCGAAAUUUGGCAACUUUUGAAAAAUUAACCAAAAAAGACAUUUAUCGCAUAAAAAGUUUACGCUACAAAACAACGAAAGAAUUUUUCGAGAGAUAUAAUUUACGUUCAAUUCCGCCUGAGAAGAAAAUUCUUUCACGAAAAUCGAUUGAAACGCAUUUAAAUUUGAAUCCGCGACAACAUGUCGGAAGUUAUGUCGAACGAAAACAUCGCAAAAGCAUGUGCGAAGAGGAAAAAUAUCUCACGUUACAAUCUCAACUUCAAACCUUCGUCAUGGAAUUCAACUUUGAAGGACCCAUCAAUUUCAGCAUAAACGGAAAAAUCACGGAAAAUCCCUUAAAACCAUAUUUCGGGAAGAAAAUUGAGCAAUUAACAAGCAGCAAAUUCGUUUUUACGCCAAAAUUGCGACUUUUCUUUGAAAUUGUGAAUUUACUCAAAAAUUCGAAAAAAGUCCCGAACGACAAUUGUGAACCUCUGAAAUCAUCAAAUCAAUCAGGAAUCAUUUUUCAAGUCAAUCCGUUGUCAUUUUUGGUUGCUCCAAUUUAUGAUUUUUAUGAAAAAACUUUAGCUUCAGAAAUUAUUGAAAUUUUAAUUUCUGAACUUUCAUCGCACAAAAAUUUAAUUUUGCAAAAUUUGUUGCUUUUGAGUCAAUUUUUUUCCGGAUUAAUUUUUCAUUUGGGACACACAUUUUUUGAAAAUUUAUAUUUUUAUAAUGAAGGAGCGAUAGUUUUGGAAAAUUUUAAAAAAUCUGAAGAAAAUGUUGAAAAAUUAAAAAGUUUAAGAAAAUUAAUCGAUGAAUCGAGAAGCAGUAAAGACUCCAAUGUGAUAGUUGGAAUUGUGGAUUUAAAAACGCUUUUCAAGCAAAAUUAUUAUAUGGCAGUUAUUCAGUACAAUACGAGUUUGGUGCUGCAGUAUUCGAUGAAUUAUUUGAAAUUUUACGAUGGGAAUUGAUUUUUUGACGUUUAAA